AUGGGUUCCACACAAUUCGGCAACUUUCACAAUUUCUGUCGAGACUCCACUCUCCCAAUAUGCAACCUGUUCAGUGAGUCGCCGACACAAAGUGGCACUGGCAGUCAAUUAGGAGGAUAUGGGUUCGGAGGGUGUGGUUUGACAGGCAUAACACUCAGCCAUGAUCGAAAUUUAUCGAACCUCGGGUCAAUAUUGCUUUGUGGGCUAGCCAUCUUAGUGACCACCGUCCUCCUAUGGAGAGCAGACAGGAAGCAAGCUGCAGUAGGCCGAAGAGAGUUCCAGCUGUUCCUCGUUGGCUACAUAAUUGUUGAGAUAUGUGAGAUAUUCACAGUGGGCGGUUUUCCCCUGGAACGUAAAGUUAGGCUCGGUUUUACUGCUGUUCAUCUCGGUUCGAUCGUUGCAACUCUAUGGGUUUUGCUCUUAAAUGGUAUUGUCGGCUUCCAAAUUCUGGAUGAUGGCACACCUAUAUCCCUGGGAUUGAUACUUUUGUCCGGAAUCGCAUUCUUCGUUGGCACGGGUUACAUAGCUCUCGACACCGCUUUCAGCUACACCCACACGUUUGUGCCCAGUCUCUUAGGGCCGGAUAAUCGAAACAUUGCCCUCUACGUGCUCUAUCAAUUAUGGCCUCUGAUAUGCUUGGCGGGGUUCUUCCUUUUAGAGACAGUUCUUGUCCUGAGAGUACUUGGGGAGAAAAAGCCGAUGUUAUAUCUCGUGGCGGCGGCGCUGUUGUUUGCUAUCGGCCAAAUCUUCCAAUACGUCAUCAGCACUCACAUCUGUCGAGGAACCAAUGGCAAGAUCGACGGCGCACUCUUCGAAACGUUAUUCACGCUUCUAUCCGUCGUCAUGAUAUGGGUCUUCUGGUCAAGUAUAACGGAAGACGACUGGCCUAUGCCGACAUCAGGGGAGAGCACGUAUACAUAA